AACUCCCCGCCUUCUUCCACCCCCUGACAGGGAGAACUCUCCGUGGUGCUGACAACAGAACAACACAUUCAGGCUCAAGCUUCCUCUCAGCUGCAAAGGGAAAGGCAAAGCGAGACACAAGAAACAAAAACUUGCAGAGAGAGGCUUGUGUAUUAGUGUGACAGAAAUAUUAGUUCAAAGGGACUCAGCAAAAAAAAAAAAAAAGAGCUGUGGAAGAAAGAGAUGGACACAGAGCAAGAGAGAGAGGCUGACGUAUUAGAGUAAGGUGGCUACAGUAGGCAGUGGGCGUGUUCUUGUUUUGGUGUAUAGCUGGGAAGCCCAGUGUCAUCUGCUUAAGCACCGAGGUACUGAGCUGAACAGGACAGAGGAAAUCGGCAGGGAAUGCAAGAACCCUUGGUCUACCUCAUCCACCAGAGCGCCGCGGAUGUGGAUCCCCUUUUUUAAAUUACUGUCGCGAGACUUUGAUCGAAUAGAACGUGCAAAGAAGAAACUCUCCGAGAAAGAAGAGCCUUGAACUGGACUUUAAAGCCAAGUUGGCUAUGCAGCUGUGAGAGGACUUUGGCUUGAGAAGAUGUGAGGUGCAUUUUUGCAAUGCACGCAGUGGCAGUUGUGUGCUGCUUUUUUAGCGCACGCACAUGUGCGUAGAAGUGAAGCUCUCACAGCUGGCUUGGAGUCUGGCAGCAUCUGGAUUGGAGGUGCACGAUACUUGGCCCAGGAGAAGGGAGCACUGGGCAGGGCACCUGAUGGCCCAGCUCCCUUCUAGUUCCAUCUUCAUCCUGGGUCACUGGGACUCUUUCAAGUGGGACACAAUCUGUUGGGGGAAAAAAAAAUAAGUAAACAAACGAUGGACGGAGGUCUAUGUGGAUUUAAGUGGACGAGUGCAUGGACCGUUCUGCAUAGGUCAGAGUUCAUUGUUGCACCGUGGACUCAGGGAGAGACAGAAGACACUUUGGUUUACACCACAGUAAAGACAAAGCCCUAUUAAUGCAGUGCAAAGACUUGAAGAAUGAUGAGCUCCAAAGAGGAGGAAACUCUCAGCUUUUUCCAAUAUGUUGAGGAGAAUGGGCUGAGAGCCUACAACAGCCUGUUGGCUCAGAACUUGGACCACACCAGGAAUGAAAGAAACAGGACAUUCCUGCAGGAAAAAAACGAGAAGAAAAGGAAACAGGAGGAAGCCAUAAGGAGAACUGGUGAGGAUAUAGCGACAGAAGGCAAGCACCUGCGCAUGGGCUCAAUAACCAUGCCUGAGCCCCAGGAGCGAAUACCCUUGCCCCACCUGCACACUAUCGCUUGCGGUCAGGGCUUCUCGGUCCGCUCCCAGUCCCUCCACUCUGUUGGUGGCGGUAACACAGGAGGAGGAGGAGGAGGAGGAGGAGGAGAUGAGGAAGUGGGGAGUCCCACCUCUAGGAAGCAGCCACCACCUAAGCCUAGGAGAGACCCGGCUACCAAGCUGAGCAUGUCGUCUGAAGCAGUGGACCACAGUGCCAUGUCCACCUGCCGUGGGGAGAGAUGUGACGGUGAGUGUUUGUGGCACUUUGCAUCAUAUUGCUGCAGAUAUCUUUAGCUGUUCUCUCAGAGUCACAUGA